UCUUUCUCUCUCUCUCUCUCUCUCUGUGCGGAAGAAAAUUUGUAGGACUAGGCCAACAGCUUUUUCUUGGAAGCCUCAAAGAUGUUGCUAUUGUCACCCGCAUCAACAUCCCUACCGUCACCACGAAGUAACUCUUUCAAUUUCGCCCAUGGAAGAGCAAGGUUGCAUGCACCACUCAAACUCUUGGGCAUGGCAAAAGAGAGCAGCGACAGCGGCAACGUCGGCGUUGUAGAGAAAGCUGCAAUAGCUGGUGGCUUGGUCUCAACCCCAGUGAUAGGCUGGUCCCUCUACACGCUCAAGACAACUGGCUGCGGCCUCCCGCCUGGGCCAGGGGGCUCAAUAGGCGCAAUAGAGGGCGUCAGCUAUCUAGUUGUUGUGGGAAUCGUAGCUUGGUCCUUGUACACCAAAAUCAAAACCGGUUCGGGUUUGCCCAAUGGUCCUUUCGGGUUGUUAGGAGCUGUUGAAGGUCUAUCGUACUUAACUUUGCUUGCCAUUGUCGUUGUGUUCGGGUUGCAGUAUUUUGAGCAGGGUUAUAUUCCCGGCCCUCUCCCAGCUGACCAGUGCUUUGGCUGAGUUCUCUCUCUCUCUCUCUCUCUCUCUCUAGCAGAUAAUGCGUUGUCGACGACCACUAGAAUUCUAUCCUGUGUCUGUGGCCACACUUCGUCCAAGCUGUCAUGUUAAUUUUCUUUUCGUAUGUUAAAUUAAUAAUGAAGAUUGUGAAAGAAUUUUAAUUAUCUUUGUUAGAAUAUUAUAUUUAACAAAUUUUUUAUUAGAGGUGAUCA